UAAAUUGAUUUUAUAUAUAUAUAUAUAUAUAUAUGUGCAACAGUGCAAGUAAUAGUUUAAUUAGUUGUUUAAAAUUUAUCUUUGAAAUUAAUUAAAAUAACUUCAUACUAAUUAAUAUUCUAAUUCAAGUAGUCUCCCUUCCUCCUUGCAUGUAUUACUGUACUCUCCAUGAUAUAAGUCAAACCCAAUUUAUCAAAUCUUUUUCUUUUCCACAAUUUCUAUAAUAAUACCCUUUUGAUGUUUUCUUGUCCUUGAAGAUUUCAAGAUCCUGAUUAAUCUUGGGGGACAUGUUCUAAUAUGUUCUUUUGAGUUAAACAAGGUGCCUUUUAUUUUCAUUCUUAUAUAUAUAAAAAUAUUUCAUGUGUCUUUCUAGGAAAAUAUCAGAAUUUGGUUAAGGCAGAGUUGUCCUAGCAAAAAUAGAGAAGAAAAUGAGAAUGAAAAGACUUUGGUUUUGAGCUUGGUUAUGAGGACCAAAUGGAGAAGUUAAGAAGAUGAUGGAAAAGUUGGUCAACAAUUGGGUUUCAAGCUUGGUAUUUCAUUGUUUUCUCAUCUGCUUAUUCUUCCUUCUACCUCAAUCAACUUCUGCCCAAGAAGGGUUUAUCAGCCUAGCAUGCUGUAAAGACAAUUAUACUGAUACUCAAACCAACAUAAGGUGGGAAUCAGAUUACAAUUGGUUCCCUGAUAAGACUGGUUGCCAAAAAAUAACCAAGGCAACUGGCUAUGAUGAAACUCGAAUAUUCAACAUAGACUUUUCAGGGAAAAGAUGUUAUAGCCUUGAAACAAUAAAGGGUCAAGAUUAUCUCAUAAGGGGUACAUUUUUAUACAAUGGUGAUACAGUUUUAAAACAAUCCUUUUCCAUAUUAGUUGGUGUUACUAAUAUUAGUCAAGUAAAUUUUCCAAAAGAGUUGGAGGUUGUUGAGGGGGUUUUUAGAGCUACUAAGAGGUACAUAGACUUUUGCUUAGUGAAAAAAGUGGGAUCCCCUUAUAUUUCUCAGCUUGAAUUGAGGGAAUUGAAAGGUUUGGAAUAUUUACAAGGGUUAUCAUUUAAAGUUCUAAAAGUGGUCAAGAGAGUUGACUUGGGGAGUCAAGAAGGAGACAUCAUAAGAUACCCAACUGAUCCAAGUGAUAGAAUUUGGAAAUCAGAGCCAGGUUCUGACCCAACAAGCAAGCCAAACCAAGUGGCUGAUGCCAAAGUUGUGAACUACAAAGGUAAUGUAGAAGUACCUUUACAAGUGUUGCAAACAACCUUAGCUAAUCCCAAUCGAUUGGAGUUCACCGAAAAUGACCUCGACGCAGACGAUUCCAUGUACCGUGUGAUUCUCUACUUUCUUGAACUCAAUCAGACAGUUCAGCCUGGUACAAGGCUGUUUGAUAUAUUCAUAAACAGUGAGGAAAAGGAAACUAGAUUUGAUAUAUUGGGUAAUGGCUCCAACUACAAGGAGCUUAGUUUUGAUGUCAACGCAAAUGGGUUUCUUAAUGUGACCUUGGUAAAGGCCUCUGGAUCAAGUUUAGGACCCAUUUGUAAUGCUUAUGAGAUCUUUCAGGUGUUCCAUUGGGAACAAGAAACCAAUCCAAAUGAUGUGAAUGUGAUUUUGGAUGUCAAACGUGAGUUGUUGGUUUCUAAUCAGCACAACAAAGUUUUGGAUAGUUGGACUGGAGACCCAUGUCGUCCAAGUCCCUGGGAAGGCCUGACUUGUGGAACCAUGAAUGGUUCCACACUCAUAACCAAACUGAACCUCUCGUCAAUGAAUCUUAAUGGACCAAUUCCUCCAAAUAUUACUAUGUUGGCCAACUUAAACACCCUGAAUCUAAGCCACAAUGGUUUCACUGGUGAAAUUCCAGUCUUUCCUUCUUCCUCCAUGUUGACAUUAGUAGAUUUACGGAGCAAUGAUCUUAGUGGGCCAUUUCCCAAAUCUCUUUUAAUGCUGCCACAUUUGGAAAUGCUAUAUAUUGGCUGUAACCAAAAUAUUGUCCAAGGAGAUACAUCUGGCUUCAACAGCUCAAAACUUGACACAUGGUCUGGAAUUUGCAUCUCUACCAGUGAAGAAGAAGCAGCAGCAAACCGAAGUAUCAUCAUAGGCUCUGUUGCAGGUGGAACUAUUCUAUUGACUGUUGCAGCUGGUAUCAUCUUCUUUUGCUAUUACAAGAAAAAAUUGAUGCCUCAGGGAGUAUUCAAUGGCAAACGAUUUAAAGGACCAACAUCAAAGAAAACUAAAGGCCUGAUAUUCUCGUUACCUAUCAUAGACGAGACCAAGGCAAAGUCAAUAUCCAUACAAACAUUUAGUCUGGCCAACAUAGAAGCUGCCACCCAAAAUUACAGAACUUCCAUUGGAGAAGGUGGCUUUGGUUCUGUUUAUCGUGGCACUCUUCCUGAUGGGCAGAAUGUGGCAGUUAAAGUCCGAUCAGCGACUUCAACUCAAGGAACUCGAGAAUUCGAGAAUGAGCUAAAUCUUCUUUCAACUAUAUUCCAUGACAAUCUGGUGCCUCUACUUGGCUAUUGUAGUGAAAAUGAUCAACAAAUUCUUGUUUAUCCAUUCAUGUCUAAUGGCUCCCUCCAAGAUCGUCUCUAUGGAGAAGCAUCAGCAAGAAGAAAAAAGCUGGACUGGCCAAUAAGACUUUCGAUCGCUCUUGGUGCUGCACGAGGAUUAACUUAUCUUCACACAUAUGCCGGCUGCGUUAUACAUAGGGAUGUGAAAUCAAGUAACAUACUUUUAGAUCAAAGCAUGAACGCCAAAGUUGCUGAUUUUGGUUUCUCAAAAUAUGCUCCUCAAGAAGGUGACAGUGUCGUUUCCUUGGAAGUUAGAGGAACUGCCGGAUAUUUGGACCCAGAGUACUAUACAACCCAUCAUUUAUCUGACAAAAGCGAUGUCUUUAGCUUCGGUGUUGUGCUACUUGAAAUCAUAAGUGGUAGGGAGCCACUCAACAUACGCAGGCCGCGGAGUGAGUGGAGUCUGGUUGAAUGGGCUAAACAACAUGCAAGGGAAUCAAACGUCGAUGAAAUUGUGGAUCCAAGCAUAAAGGGAGGUUACCAUGCGGAAGCUAUGUGGAGAGUGGUAGAGGUGGCAUUGUUAUGCACUGAGCCCUACUCUACUUAUCGACCUUGCAUGGCUGACAUCGUUCGUGAACUUGAGGAUGCUUUGAUCAUAGAAAACAAUGCAUCAGAAUAUAUGAGGUCAAUUGAGAGCUCGGCUUCCAUAGUCUUGGACAAGAGAAUUGUAAUACCACCAUCCACUCCAACAGAAGCUUCACCUACUUUACAAGCCUUGCCUCCUCCAGAGCCAAGAUGAUAAAAAUUGUAAUAACUGCUGUAAUGAGCCUUGAAUUGACAAUGAAAUGAGGAUCUUUUUGUAAAACUUCUCUCCAUUGUUGAUUUUUCUUCUUAUUUAUAUUAUUCCAUUAUUCACUCGAGCAA